CUGCCCACUCACUCAGCUCGGCUCUGCUCUGCUGUGCUCUGGCCUCGCGCACUCGACAAGGACGCGACGCUACCAAAUCUCCAGCGACCGACGGACAGAUAUCUACAGACCUAAGCUCCGAGUUAAUAACAAUUCUCCCAGGGGUGUGAUGGAGGGGGGCUGACCUGGUGCCCCAUGGGAAGUUUGUGAUUCUGUGAGCCAAACGGACGUAGGGCCAACGCAGGGACCAUCAUGUCUCCAGCCCCAGAAGCCCCAGCUAGCCGGCGUCUUCUCGGCCCACCGGGGAGACACCCAUGACUCCCAGCCUCUCUCCGCCCCGAGCGACCGACCGACCGACCGACCGGGGAUCCGAUCCUCCAUCCGGACUGUUUGCUGUUGAUGCAUGGAGCCCGAUGAGACUCAUAGAGGAAUGAACAUGUACCUUUGGUGGAUUUUACUGCAAGGAUUUUGGAGUGUUUAUGGGGAACUUCCAUUCAUUGCAGACAAUAACGCAGCCAUGUUGGUCAACUGGGAAGGCUGCCAUCAUGUGGUUACAAGAGAAACUGCAGGACUGGAAAUUGAAGAACCGGAUUUUCUGUCUCACAAGGAAAGCAUAUUGGAAUGCAGUCGAUGGAAACAAGAAGUUGUUUGCAAUCUAUGAUACCAGCGUGAAUGAACCAGGGAACAUGUCGUUUGUGAAAGAGACGGUGGACAAACUACUAAAGGGAUAUGAUAUUCGUCUUCGACCAGACUUUGGAGGGGCCCCUGUUGCAGUUGGCAUGAGUAUAGAUGUGGCGAGCAUAGACAUGGUAUCCGAAGUCAACAUGGACUACACUUUAACCAUGUACUUCCAGCAGUACUGGAGGGACAAGAGGCUGGCGUACUUAGGGAUCCCACUGAACCUCACCCUGGAUAACCGGGUGGCAGAUUCACUCUGGGUCCCUGACACCUACUUCCUGAAUGACAAGAAGUCCUUCGUCCACGGUGUGACGGUCAAGAACCGCAUGAUCCGCCUCCACCCAGAUGGAACAGUGCUCUACGGCCUGAGGAUCACAACGACGGCAGCCUGUAUGAUGGACCUGAGGAGGUACCCUCUGGACGAGCAGAACUGCACUCUGGAGAUCGAGAGCUAUGGAUACACGACAGAUGACAUUGAGUUCUACUGGAAGGGAGGAGACAAUGCAGUGACGGGGGUGACACGCAUUGAGCUGCCACAGUUCUCCAUAGUGGACUACAAGCUGGUGUCCAGAAACGUUGUCUUUUCCACAGGUGCCUACCCACGACUGUCUUUGAGCUUCAAGCUAAAGAGGAACAUUGGCUACUUUAUCCUGCAGACCUACAUGCCCUCCAUCCUGAUCACCAUCUUGUCCUGGGUCUCCUUCUGGAUCAAUUACGAUGCCUCGGCUGCAAGAGUGGCAUUAGGGAUCACCACUGUGCUCACCAUGACCACCAUCAACACCCAUCUGAGAGAGACGCUCCCCAAGAUCCCCUACGUCAAGGCCAUUGACAUGUACCUGAUGGGCUGUUUCGUCAUGGUCUUCCUGGCCCUGCUGGAGUACGCCUUCGUCAACUACAUCUUCUUCGGCCGUGGGCCACAGAUGCAGAAGAAGCUGGCAGAGAAAGCCGAGAGGGCCAACAACGAGAGGGCGGCCAAAUAUGACACCAAUCGGUCUCCUCAGGAAGGAGGUAAAACGUCAUCUCUUAAGCUGACUAAGCAGCCUAAUAGAGCAAAAACGCUCCGUGUCUCACAGUCGGCGGAGUCCCACGGUAAUAUCCUGCUGACCACCCUGGAGAUACACAACGAGGUGGCAGGAAAUGAGGUCACCACCAGCCUGGCGGACAGCAGGAACUCCUCCGUCAUGGGAUUUGACAACACCAGCACAGGUACCGGCGUCCAGUGCAGGAAGGCGAGCCGGGCCUCGGGUCCUCGCCACAGCCUCGACAGGCACGCCCAGCUCAAGAGGCACAAACUGCGGCGGCGCUCGUCGCAGCUCAAAAUCAAAAUCCCUGACCUGACGGACGUAAACGCCAUCGACAGGUGGUCGCGGAUUAUCUUCCCCUCCGUUUUCUCCCUCUUUAAUCUGAUCUACUGGAUGUAUUAUGUCAACUGAUUGACUGAUUUUAGGGUUAGAUGGUGUUGUCAUUUUUUUUUGUUCUCCUUCGUCAUCAUUUUGUCUUUUUUUUUACGUGAUAGGAAAUGUUUUGCUAUGGAAAAACAAAGGACUGCCUCUAUGUAACACAGACAAACUGCUUUGACCCCUUUGUUCAAGGUUUUAUAUUUGCAGUCGUACUCAAAUUGUGGAUUGCGGUGGGAUUGAUAAUUCUUCAAAUUUUGUACAGAACUAUGUAGAUAAAUACCCAUACUGUAGGACUGGGACUGUAUACUUCCCAGUCUUUUUGCCCUCUCUGCAGUUUGAUAAUGUUCUUUAUACCCAUUUCAAUUUGUGCAAUCUGCAAGAAAGAAAAGGUAACCAUAACAUUUUUUUUUUAACAAACCCAAAUAAAAUACAAAUGUUAUGUAAUGUAUUAUGCAUAUACACAAUGAAUUGUGGUGUAUACUUUAUCAUUAUUUACAUAUUAUUUGUUAUGAAUGCGGAUCAAUGCAAAAAAUAUAUACUCAUGUUUUGUGAUGCUUGCCAUCUUUAUCAUGUAUAUAUUUUUUGUCUUGGUCAGAUAUCAUUUUCAAGUGCACAUACAGUAUUUGCAUAUUUUACAGUGAAGUGGUCCUGUUUCUGUAUGUCUAUGUACAGUGUAUUAUUAUUAUUAUUAGUAGUAGUAGUAAUAGUAGUAGUAGUAUUGCUAUUAUUAUUAUUAUCAUCAUUAUUAUUAUUAUUAUUACUAUUAUUAUUAUUAUUAUUACAUACUGAACUAUAAUAUUUUAACACAGGUGCAAAUUAAUGUCUAAGGUUGAGGGUUAUAAUAUCUCAGGUUCUGGAUUUUGCUGAUUGGCGUCCAUUAAGUUUUCAAAAUCCUGUCAAGCAGUCUUGAAAUUGGAAUAUUGAUUGGUAAUCUAAACAUACCCAUAACUGCACUCAAUGAAUCUGUCAUGGUUCACAUCUUUUCUACCUGAUAUUGUGAAUGCAUGACAGGAUUUCACUCAGUAAAUUGACUGCAUUCCUUUAAAUCAGCUCCACCUUUGAUACUGUAGCUGUUGAACUCUCCUGCCAAUGGCCUUGCGCUAUACACUGUAUAACAUGUCUUUGUGAAAUAUUCAGAUAUUUUUGUAAGGUGUAACGUUGACUAUAACUACAGUAUGUUAACUCCCUCUCUUGCGCGCUAGCAUUGUAGACCAUAGAUUCCCUCUGUUCACAACAUUCCACGGAAGUGGCAGGGUUGAGGGUUUGUUUGGUUUUGACCAUUUGACUGAUCUUUACUGCUGAAAUGACCUCCAACUGUAAAUAUAAUGUAUAUAACAGAUGUGAUGUAAGUGUGCACAUUUUUAUUUGGAGUUGUCUAAUUAGUUGUCUGUUUUAUAAGACAAUGUGAAAUACCGAUGACAUUUCCGUCCUCUUUAAAUGCUUGAACAUCUAUUGAAUUAACAUAUGGGGUUGAUCAUAUUUUUUUUUAAUAAGCAAUGAAUGCCAUGAGAGACUAUCUAUCAAAUGCACCGACAACAUAAAUAAUACAACAAAACGCAUUGUAAAUCAAGGUCAUUGCCACCACUGAUAGCGGCAUAUCAUCGUCAUCCAUUUCUAUAUUUCUAUAAUCUAUUCUGCGCAGCUAUCAAAGAAGCACAUAUGAUGUAUUAGUCUCUCAGUAUACAACUGAUGCAUGAAUUCUGUUCUACAGGGCAAGGACAACGAGCCAUAGUCAUUAGAUUGUAACCAAACAUCGAACACAUCCCAUGAGGAAAUGUAACCAACGGCAUGGAAGUAGCUAACAUUUGGUGAAACAUUGCCAUUGUCCAUAUCAUGCUGCUCUGGGCGAGAGAACAUGCCUAGAUGGCACUGUCUCUUGUUUCUCUAUGCAUGUUAUAUCGCAUGAGUAGUGGCGAUAAAAUAAAAAAAAAGAACCUUAACCCUAUCAUCUUAGACCUGUGUCUCAGGUUACAAGUACAGUUCAAGAGAUUGUGAUAAAGUCUCUGGUUGGUUACAGAGCAACCAAUCAUAUCCUGGGUUCAAUGGCUGGGAUUCAAAACGACAGUCUUCAAAUAUAUAACACAUUUAUAUACGCAUAAAGAAUAAAUUGUGCACCCAUGUAUUUUACCAUUACCAACUUGCAGCCAAUUGCUUAUAGUAGUGACAUGUAUCUCUGGUAUGUAAAUACACUUUGCUACUUGAUCAUUAAGCUUGUUGUGUGUUUUGGGUUUGAAUGAUAUAAUGGCAGAGUGUGUGGUUACACACGCUGGCCUUUAAACAGUUACAGACCCUGUGGUUUCCCGUCCCUUUUCUACUGUGUAGAUGAGGCAGUGUUGGCUGGGUCUUGGUGUAAGAUAACUAAUAUCCCUUGUUCUUGGCGUAAGAUAGAUAAUAUCUCUUGGUCUUGGUGUAAGAUGAGUCAUUUCUCUUGGUCUUGGUGCAAGAUUAAUAAAAUAUCUUGGUCUUGGUGUAAGAUGAAUAAAAUAUCUUGGUCUUGGUGUAAGAUGAGUAAUCUUUCCCGAGAUGCAAAGACUUGAGUUUGCCCUUCAGAGCUAAUGCCUAGUCUUUAGCUCAGAGGGCUAACACAGUCUUGUGGCAUGCAAGAGACCUGGGUUUGAAUCCCGGUCAGUCACAUUGGCACAUUCAAUCUGACACUGUUUCAUGCAUUAAGUGCACUCAUCGUUGCUGGCUUCUAAUGUUGUCUGGCCCAUUAUGGAAUGUCAACAUGUUCUGUUCUGCCAUAAAUGUAUUUAGGUAUAGAUAUGUGUUUGUUUUUCUCCCUUAUUUAUUUAGGUUAUAAUGUUGCUCUAUUCAUGAAAUAAUAUCAAUUGUAUGACAGUAAUAUCUGGUUUUGCAUCCAUUCAAAUCAAUGAUUUCUGUAGCACACCUGUUAUACGCUAUAGCAACAGGAUGAACAAUGGACAGACGUCAGAGACAACAUUUCUUGUUCCUAAUGCAUUUCUGUUGAAUGAUUGAAUCUAGAAAAAGCCCAAUAGUUUAUGAUUUAUAUGUCCGGUGAAGAUAAACAAAUGAUUACCAGUAUUCCUGGAUUGUGAUUAAAACCGUAUUUAUCAAUUAA